GAUGUUUGCAGGUGCUAAUCUUGCUAAUUUUGAUGUUUCGUGUACCGUUCAAGUGAUAUUUCACAUCCGCAGAUCUAAAACGGCAGGUCUGUCUUGGUAGUAAACUUUACAAUGUCUCAAUUGCUGAGCCUUGCAACAAUACUUGUAGCGUCAAUGCAAGGUAUCAUUGGCGCACGCCGGGAGGAGCCUAUGGAAGACGUAUUUGGAACCGAUGGGAUAUCAGACAGCAAUUCGUUCAACGAGGCAGUGAUGGGUGCUCACAACGAAUAUCGUCAGAUGCAUCAUUCCCAACACUUGCUGUUGGACCCACAGCUAACUGAACAGGCCCAGAAAUAUGCCAAGGAACUAUCAAUUCGCGGGAUGUCCCAGUUACAACACUCUCUGGGUUACAAAGAAAAAAAAUACGGCGAAAAUAUUUACGCAAGUUGUGAUUCACAUGUAUUACCCAUCGUUCCUGUUAAAAAUUGGUACUCCAAAGUUUGUAACUACGAUUUUCUUGCUCACGCACCCUGGAAUAAAAUGAGCCCUGUUAAAGAUUUUACUCAGAUUGUCUGGCGAGGUUCAGAGAAGAUUGGUGUUGGACGAGCACUAAGCAAUCAUGAUAAAGCAUGCACCUAUAUCGUAGCUCAGUAUCUACCAAGACACGAUCCAAACUUACGACGAAGUAAUGUUGAUAUUGGUGACUUCAAUAAAGAAAUUUGUAAAGAUUUAAGCUACGUUGGUUUUGGAGCAACGGGUUAGAAACAUCGACUAGAAAUGGCAGCUAUGGAAGAUGCAAUCAAUAAUAAUAAAAAACACACAUGAAGAUUUAAUGGUCAAGUGCAGUAAAGACAACUUUGAUAUUAAGAUGAAAUUUUGUUUAAUUUCCACA